AAAUAUGGGACCAUGCCAAGGCCAUUCAUCCACUCAUCCUGUAUGGAGGGAUGCUGGUGAUCACUAGAGUGUACAGAAGGCUCUGGGCCUCAAGCUACCAUAAGUUUGGGGCCACCACCCAGAGGGUAGAGUCUGUAAGACUCCUCUCCUUGGAUGGUAUUUACCCCACCUACCCCAUGCAGUUCUGUGUUCCCCUCGGAAAUCAUCACGUACUUCUCUGUUUCCUGGAUAGUGAAGCACUGGACCUUCAUUGUAGAUCUGGGGGUUUGCACUGCCAUAAUCUGUCUGACAUCCAUGUCCAUGGCAAAGGGUGCCAGGAGUCCCCAGGGAGCUGUUGACCUCAACCUGGACCUCAGAUCCCCUCCUGAGGGUGCCAAGGAGCUGCCGAACAAGGACUCCGGUUUCUUGGAUGGAAGCCCUUCUGAGUCACCGGGCUUGGAGACAACCAAGGGCAUAACAGCAUUCCAGACCUUGGUUCACCUGGUGAAAGGUAACAUAGGCACAGGGGUCCUGGGACUCCCGCUGGCUAUGAAGAAUGCAGGCAUCCUGAUGGGCCCACUCAGUUUGCUGGCCAUGGGCCUCAUCUCCUGCCACUGUAUGCACAUCCUGAUCAGGUGUGCCCGGCGCUUCUGCCACAGGUUCAAUAAGCCCUUUAUGGACUAUGGGGAUACAGUGAUGCAUGCACUAGAAGCCAACCCCAGCGCCUGGCUCCAGAACCACGCACGCUGGGGAAGGUGUAUUGUGAGCUUCUUUCUUAUAGUCACCCAGAUGGGCUUCUGCUGCGUAUACAUUGUGUUUCUGGCUGAUAAUUUAAAACAGGUAGUGGAAGCAAUUAAUAGCACAACCAACAACUGCCAUUACAACGAGACAGUGAUUCUGACGCACACCAUGGACUCUCGACUCUACAUGCUCACCUUCCUGCCAUUCCUGGUACUGAUAGUUCUCAUCCGGAACCUCAGGGUCCUGACUAUCUUCUCCCUGUUGGCCAACAUCACCAUGCUGAUCAGCUUGAUCAUCAUUGUCCAGUACAUCGUCCAGGAAAUUCCAGACCCCCGCCAGUUGCCACUGGUAGCAAAUUGGAAGACCUACUCACUCUUCUUUGGAACAGCCAUUUUUUCAUUUGAAAGCAUUGGUGUGGUUCUGCCCUUGGAAAACAAGAUGAAGGAUGCCCGCCGCUUCCCAGUCAUCCUGUCUUUGGGAAUGUCCAUCAUUACUGCCCUCUACAUCAGUGUCGGGACUCUGGGCUACCUGCGGUUUGGAGACGAUGUCAAGGCCAGCAUAACCCUUAACCUGCCCAACUGCUGGCUGUACCAGUCAGUCAAGAUCCUCUACGUCAUUGGAAUCCUGUGCACCUACGCCCUGCAGUUCUACGUCCCUGCGGAAAUCAUCAUUCCCUUCGCCACCUCCCACAUGUCGAAACGCUGGGCACUGCCUCUGGACUUGUUCAUUCGCCUCGCCAUGGUCAGCCUGACAUGCGUCUUGGCUAUCCUCAUCCCCCGCCUGGACCUGGUCCUCUCCCUGGUGGGCUCCCUGAGUGGCAGUGCCCUGGCCCUCAUCAUCCCACCCCUCCUGGAGAUCACCACCUACUACUCAGAGGGUCUGAGCCCCGUCACCAUCGUCAAGGACACCCUGAUCAGCAUCCUGGGCUUCGUGGGCUUUGUGAUGGGGACCUACCAGGCCCUAGACGAGCUGAUCCAGUCAGGAAGCCCUCUCACCUUUUCCAACUCCACUGUUUUUAUUCAGUGAAUAUGGCACUGCUUCUUUCCACCAGCACCCUGACGUUUAAAGACACAAAUCUCUUUUAUGUGCAUUAUCUGUAUUUUGGGGCUUUACCUUACUCUGGGCUAAGUCACAGUGAAACAAGCACGGACUUACCAAGACAAGGUCUAGGUGGUAACUUAAAAAUUUUUGUGUGUUUAUUUCUUUUCUUUCCAUCUCUAGCUUUCCCCUACACUGAGAGCUCUCCCUCUGAAGGCUCUUGAUUCCAUCCAACUUUUUGGCAGUUCACAUAAUGAAUUUCUUACCUUGAGUGGGGCUAUGCAAGAGGAAGCCACCAGGGGGGAUCCAAGAGGCAGCGACUGACAGAAGGAGGGGCAGCCUGCUAAGGCUAUGGUGAUUUGGUAGACAAAGGGUGUCCUCUUUUCCAGUGGACAUAAUCCAUAAUCCAGCAAAGUGUGAAAAGCUCCAGCAUCAAAGUGGGUAGGGUCUAGAGGUCCAGUGCGAACUGCAACUGUCAGACAGCAAGGAGCCAUCAUAUUUAAAUCAAGGGCAAUAAACUUUCUUGACAGCUAGAUAAAGUUUUGGCCCAGUUCAAAGAUCUCAACAAAGCAGUCCUCAUGAAAGUAGAUGUGCCAGUGGUGGGGGUGGGGGGGUGGGGGUAGGCAGGAGCUAAAAGAUGACACUAUUUCAUUAUUUACCUCUUGAUUCUUGUUUUUCUUAACCUCUUAAUUCUUGCAACAAGCAUUCUUGCUUACCCACCGCACACCAAGCAAAGUUCAAAGUUCUUGUAAUAGAUUGCAAAAAUGGCCACAAAUUCCUCCUGUCAAUGUGAUGUUGCAGCUCCUCCCAUCAAGAAGUAAAAUCUGUAUCUCUGCCCUUUGAAUCCUGUUGUGGCCUUGUAACUUGCUUUGGCCAACGGGACAUUAGUGAAUGUGAUGCAAGCAGAGGACUGGUGAUGGCUCAUGCAUUGGAACUUAUAUCAUGAUGCUCUGUGGAGCCAAGAGCACCAGGUGAAGAAGCCAGGGCUAGCCUACUGAAGGAUGAGAGACUGUGUGGAGCAGAAAUGAAUCAUCCCAGUUGAGCCCCAUCUCCCAGAACAGCCAGCCCGCCAACAUCCUAGACACGUGAGUGAAGUAUCCUAGACUAUAUCCAGCCCCAAUCACGUUGACCAGACCAUAAGUAUUCCUCAGAUGAGCCACAGAAUUAUGAGAAAUAAUAAAUGUUUUUAGUUUUAAGCCAUAAGAUGUAGAAGGUUUUAUGCAGCUAAAGCUGACUGAUACAUUGCUCUAAAAGGGAAACACUAAUAAGUGAGAGAAGAAUCUCUAUCCUCAAGCUAGUCUGCUGUACACUGGGGAAUAAUGACAGAUCAUCAAGUGAGUUAGUACUGUAUAGAUCCUUAUAAGGGCAGGGGGACACUAACUGCUCUGGAGUACUGAGCAUAACUUUCCAUCAGUGACACCGUUAGAGCUGGAUUUUGAGUAGAACUUAGGUCUCCCAGCACUGAAUCUGACCCUUCUUCCACUCAGUCCUGCUGCCUCAACAUUCCCGUGCCUUUUCUUAUGUCUGACAUUGGCUGGCAACCAAGGGCCCAUCAACCCAACACAUCACUUCAACCUUCCUGUUGGUGACUGCUACCUCCCUCCCCCUAAAAUCUAAAAUUGAGGAAAAGCAUCUAGAUAAAUGAUAUGUUGUAGGCAGAUUUGUAGUUCAGUGAGGGGUAAGAAUGUUUCUCAUUACAGUCUCUGUGGUUUUGGAAAGUGACCCAUGCUUAUUUCAGCCUCAGUUUUAAGAGAACAAUUUCAAAAGCCCUUUCUUAUUUAUUUUUAUCCAUCAUCCUACCUUUGCAGUCUAGGGAAGGUAUGGAGGGCUGAGGGGAGUGUCUACCCCAAUUCCCAAGUCCUGGUCUCCUUUUUUUGUGUGUUACUUUCUACCUGCUAAAUUCCAGAAAGUGCUUCAUGAACACAAGCUCCCCACCCAGAUCUCAUAGUCUGCAGAGUACCUGCUGGGAGAUGGACACUCAUAAUCUAUGCAGUGGUCCACUGCCCACCUGGCCAGAGAUCUGGGUGUCAUAUCUACAUCAGAAAUGUAGAAGACCCAGAGUACUGCCACUGAUUGGUUCAAAGCCUUUGCAAUGUGAUCUUCUUCUCUCUGAACUUGUCUCUUCCACUCUGCUCAACUAUUACUCUACCCAACCUUGCUAAGUUAAAGAUUGUUUUCUCUGUUAUUAAAAAAUGGUCAUUCCCAUUCUUCAAGGACAAGCCCCUACUGUAUAAGAGAAUCAGGUUAAUCUUGUCAUAGAAAAAUCUGGCUAAAAUUGAAUCUUGGAAAGAAAAAAUAAAUUUAGCAACACUGAUAUAAGCAAUAAAAGCAAUCUGGGGAGACUUAGUAGUAGUUGUCAGCAACACUAAUGAUACCAACUAUUAGAAUUGUGUGAGUGUUGGGGGUAUUAAAUUUUUUUAAUUGUUCAAUACAGUACAUACACACAGCCUUCCGCCUUCCUACCACCCUACUGAUUCUUUAAUUUUUGGAGCUUGCUUUUGAAUCAAGGAUCAGAGAAAAUUCUUCCAUCCCUCAGUGAGCAUGUCUUAAGUGUUUUGCAUGUAAUUAUCUCAUGUAAUCCUUACAGUGAAACUCUGAGGUGUGUAGUGUCAUUGUUCUUAUUUCCUAGUUAUGAAAAUAGGCUUUGAAAUACUGAGUAACUUGCUGACGAUCAAACAUGUAGUAACAAAUGGGUCAAGACUGAAACUUUUGUACCCCAACACUCCUCAUUGCUUUGUAGACCCCAGGAGAGACCUUUGAAUGAUGGUGGUUAAAGUAAAAAUAGGAAAAAUGUGUCCAGUGGAUUACACAUUUUGAAAAAUUAGAAAUGCCACAGCCUUUCCCUAUAAGUAAUAAAUCAGCUAUGAACUGAGGAGGGGUUUCAGGAGACUGUAUGGUAAAUCAGGAGCAAAGCAGAAUUUCCUAGCCACCCUUCAAUCCUGCCUGAUAGUAUUUAAACUCUUUUCAGGCCUAGAGAGAGAAGAAAGUCUUCCCUGCUUUUUAUGUAAAAAAUCCUGAUUCUGAUAUCAAAAUCUGACAAAACACACAUAAAAAAGCAUGACCAAAUAUAAACAUAAAUACAAGCAUCUUUUAAAAAUAGCAGAUAGAAUCUAGCAGCAUAUUAAAAGAACAGUGUAUCAUGGAGCUUUUCCUAUGAAUGCAAAAAUGAUUUGACAUUAAUAAAUCUGUUACAGUAGGUAGCUCUAGAGAUCAGGGAAGAGAAAAUAAUAGAAUUUCAUGAUGUAAUUCUGACUUUCAAAGAAAACUCAGUAUUAUAAAAAGAUAAGAAAUAACAUGAUCUGGGAAGGAGGAGGAAAGUGAUUUCUGAGGCAGCAUCAUAAUUAACAGUGAAGCACUAAAAGCAGUUUCAACGAAGUGAAAUUAGAAAAGGAUGUUUGAUAUCAUUAUGUUAUUAACACAAAAAGUAAUAUAAGGUAUAAGUUUUGGAAAGAAAGAAAUAUUUGCAGUACAAUUAACUGGAAAGCUCAGAAAAAUUAACUGAAUGCUGUUAGACACAAAAGGAAUCAGCAAAAUAAAAGUAAUGAAACAAAA